AUGACCUUAGAAAACUGGCAUGCAGUCUCCCUCCCUCAAUGGUGGGGAGCGGGGCUUAGAAAGGGGUAACAAAAAGGCCAACGUUAAAAGAGUUAAGAGGCUUAGGCAAAUAAAUACGACUCCUUGCUUCCAGGUGAAGGAGGGCUGCCAGAUGGGACUGAGGCCCACGAGCAGGGACUGUCCGGAGCCCUGGAGAGCCCUCGAGCUGCUGGUUCCUUUGCAUGAAAACGGUGCCUGACCUUCCCUGGGCCUGCAAAAACACCAGCAGGCUCCAAAACAGGCAGGAAAAACCUAACAAGGCAUGAACGUCACCUCUGCAUUCUAUCCAGGAAAUGGUGCCUAUCCUCAGGAGGGGGAGUAAUGUUACAUUUCUCACACACACACACACACAGACCAUCAGAAGGAGGCCUAGAUGCCCUGCCAACUCCUGAGCACGUGGCUCGGGCGGGGCAGAGAUAAGUUGGGCAUUUAUCAGGGACGCAGCAGGUACCAGCAGGUGCCCAGUCUAGGUGGAAGACUUGCAAGACACGGGCAGUCAGGAGGCAGCAUGGCACUCUUCUCCCAGUGCCUGGAGCCGGUGGGCUUCCUGCAGUCGCUGCGGUCGCUGGCCCUGGGGGCCGUGUCCCAUCUGCAAGGAUCGGCCACCGCCGAGGAGCUGGCCUUCGUGCGGAGGGAACUGGAGCUGCUGGAGCGCGAGCUGGCCGCGGGGCCAGGGCUGCUGGAGGACGGCGGGCUGGGCGCCUGCGAGGACUGCGUGGCCGCUGCCUUCGGGCAGCUCUGCCUGGCGGUGCGCACCGCGCCACCCCAUGCCCCCCUGGAGACGGAGCUCUUCCUGCAGGCCUGCUCGCGGGACAAGCUGGAGCGCCGCCUGCUGGGCCUGUGGCGCCGCCUGCAGGGCAACGCCGUGAUGGCCCUGCAGCGUCCCCUGUUGGAGCAGGCCGUGCAGCGCCACCGCCCGCGCCGCCCGCAGAUGGCGCGGUUCUGCCAGAAGCUGAAUGCCGUGCUGGGGGCCGGGCUGCUGUGCCUGCUCAGCCAGGCGGGUCUGAUUAAGCGUGACCCGGCCCUGCUGCUGGGCGUGUGGGACCCGCGCGUGGCCGCGCUGCACACGCGCAUGAAGGAGGCCUUGGGCCAGUGCACUGGCUACUUCCGUGAGCAAGCCCAGGAGGAUGUGGACCAGGCGGUAAGCCAGGCAGCACCUCCCGACCUGCCAGAGCUGGCGGCCUCAGUCUUAAGGAAGCUGGAGCAGAGCUACGACUGGCUGUGCUGGGCUGUGAUGGCCUGGCAAGCAGAGGGGGAGGGAGAGGCAGGGGCAGGCAGCCAAGAGGUGCUGGCCCAGGGCUGCUUCGUGACUGCGCGGUCCACCACGGGGCUCCACCUGGUGGCCUGCUACCAAGAGAGCCCCUCUGCUCUAGACAGAGCUCGCACUAACCAGCUGAUCGGCGAGCUGGAAUGGAAGCUGCCCAACCCACCUCCCGAGGUCUAUGCCAGCUUGGAGGCUGAGCCAGCCCGUGCCAGCGGCUACCUCGCCCGCCGCAUGCUGCAGAAGCUUGGAGAAGGGCUGGGACCCGGCGUCACCCUCCUUGUGGUGCCAGGAAAACUGGAAAUGAAGAGCAGCUUCCCGCUAGCUGCCAGCCUGCUGCACGAAUACCACCACCGCCUGGCAUCGGGCACUGUCUGCAUCUUCGGCUAAGCACCACAAAGCCAAGUGGUGCCCCAUGGCCACCCUCCUGCUUGCUAGCAGCUGAGCUAAGAGGCUGCGAAUAAAGCUUGUUCCACCAAGCCCAAUCUGUUUCAGUCCUUCCUGCAUGACCCCCUCCCCACUCCAAAUGCAGUGGCGGCAGGUCCCAGCUGGGACAAUGCCAGCCUGUGUCCAGCUUGGCUUCAGCACUGUCUUGG